UUUAAGAUACAAUGUGUAAAUCUUAGCCAAACGAUCGAUUAAAGACUAUAAUUGGCAAUAUGGCAAUUGGUUUACUAGCGAAAGAAAAUACUAACAUAUCAUUACAUUGGUAGUUUGUAAAUGAGUAGUUACCCAUUGACGAUGAAGGAAUAAUUUCAAGUUACAAAAUGUCGAGUUCUUCAGUAAAAGAGUUUGGGAAAGCCUGGUGGUCAGAAGUAUACAAUAGAAUCAUAGGAGCUGUGGUGUUCCUUGACGAUGCUAGUGCUGAAUGCUUGCACUGGGACGGUGGUCUGUUUAACUUGCUGUCUGGCGGAGCUGUAGCCGUAAAGAGUUUAUCACCAUUUGAGUUUUGCUCGAAAGAUAAUAAGAAGGCAGUGUUUAUUACUCAAGCAUCGUCGACUCAACUGAAAACAAUCCGUGAGAUUAUACGACACAGUGACCUGACACACUGCAUCCUGGUGUCGUGCGUCAGUUUAGAUGUGGUUUACUUGGAGAUAAAUGAUGGGAAAGAUGUGGGUGAUGCUGUGUCGUCUGGCAGAGGGCCAGCUGAGGCAACCAAGCAGCUUGAGAGUAUGCUGGUAGAGUGGAUAGGGAAAAGGCAAUGUGCAGUAGAAGUAGUCCACAUACCAGUGUUCACAAUAUCUCUAACAAAUGUAGUAUUUGUUACACCUCCAUAUAAUCACAUUUACCCCUUAUUUGAGGGUAAGUUAAUGCCACAGUCUCCCUCAGUGGACUUGUACAGUCUGUCAAACAAUGAGAGGUCUGAAGCAAGGAGGUUGGCUAGCGCAUUAAACAGUAUGUUGGACUCCAUGAAUUUGAAAGAGGAUAUAUAUUAUGUGGGAGCAUAUAGUUCAUUAUUAGCUGGCAUUUUGGAGAAUUCGCCUGUUUGCUUGGCAAGGAGAAAGAAUUGUUUGCACCCAGCCUCACUUAUCAUAGUGGAUCGGACUCUAGAUGUGUGUGGUGUCACCAGUCACUCUACAGAGUCAGUGCUGGACAAGAUUGCAGCGACCCUGCCAAAGUUCCCGGGACAUUCCACUGAAGUUGCCGUUGAUAUAUCUCCUCUAUGCAAGGCUACUGCUGUAAAUCACACAGAGGACAUACAGCUAAGUCCAGGGUGCCUGUACCACGCUAACGACGACGGUUGCGUCCAAACGUACGAAUACAUGAUCAACAAAUCCCACAAAGAGGUCAUGUUCGAUUUAUACAACAAGCUGUCGAAGAUAGACGUGCAGAAGUCACCAAGCCCUAAGAGUUUGUUGAAGGUGACACCGCAGAGUGUGGAGAAAAUCGUUACGGCGUCUAAAGGUAAUUACGAUAUCAUUAGCAAGCACUUGGGCGUGCUUCAGCAAGCGCUAGCAGUUGUCCAGACUAUGAAAUCCCCGCGGCGCGCUCAGCAAGAACUGCUUAUGAGCUUGGAGAAGCAGGUACUUCAGAACCUUGCCGCCAGUCGGGAUUCCACUAGUGUGUUGCAUCAGAUCUGUCAUCUAAUCAAGACUCGUAAAGACCGCAACCUCCCACUCGACAGCCUUCUUGCACUCAUAACACACGUAUACUCCUUAGUAGGAACAGAAGUUUCGUUUUCAAAGCAACAUGAAGACAACCUUACUGAAACGUUGAGUGUAGCGAUAUUUGAAGACCACCGGAGUUUGUUGAGGAAUGAGGUCGGAACUGUAGUUUCCCCUGAAGAAUGUGAGGAAAUAUCGAAAGGAAUAAUGGCACAGUUGAAGGAUAUUACUCAGAUGAGGAAAUCACUGACGAAAUACACUUCGGUAUUGAAACCGUGUGAGACGGGCGUUGGGCACGAAUACCGCGGCGUACUGCAGCAAAUGGUGGAUGAUCUGGUUGAUACCGAGAGACCUGAGCUGGUUGACUUGAAACAUAAGAACGAAGGUAUCAAGGAUCUGCUACGGAGCGGCCUCAACAUAUUAACCAGCAAGAAAUCGCGGAGUACAAAACACCCACUGGACAACUCGACUAUAAUCAUCUUCGUCGUCGGCGGCAUAACAGCAGAGGAGUGCAAACGUUUAAAUCGCAGCGUGAUUACAAGUGGCAUUGAUAAUACUGUUUUAAUCGGUUCGACGAAGCUCGUAACUCCUGUCGAGGCUAUGAGGGAUGUUGUAUCAUUAUAGCGGUCCGUUAGUACUUGGACGAAAGCCGUCGGCACUUCAGAAAACCGUUGGGCCCAAAGACUACUUAGGCGAUAUAACGGCAAACGCAAUGCCGUUGUCAACUAAAAUAACUUUAUAGUUUAAUUGCUCAUUCGAAUUUUAAAAUGCGUAGUUGUACUUUUUUUAAUCGAACAUGAUAAUGCAUUUAGAAACAGCUGUCUAUUUAACCAUAAAUGUUAUAGACCAUUUCAUUAUGGCAGGUGCGGAGAAUGCAAGAUAAACUUAUUUAUAGUCGGCAUGUAAUUAUAAUUUUAUUUAUAUAAAUUAUAUUUGAUUGUACCUAUAAGGGUGGUAGGUUAAAUUUUAAUUCCAAAAAAUAUAUUUGUAUUAAGUAUUUGUAAUUAAUUUCAAGGGAUUAUUCAUGUAAAAUAAUACAUUAUUUAUAAAAUACAUUGCUUUCUUCAAUUAGGUGCUAUGAUAUUAUUUGUAAUUUUGUAUUUUGUUUUAUUUUCUUUGAUCUAUGUAUGUCUAAUGUAUCUUUAUUGAUGUUAGUUAUAGGUAUAAGCAUAGCGCAAUGCAAUUACAAUGCAAAGUAAUAUACACUUUUUCUUGGA